ACGUGUACGGUUAAACGUACGUUUUGUUAAACGGCAAAUGAGCAAAAACGAAAACAAUAUAAACCUCAACUAAUAAAAAACUGAGAUCAAAAUUUUGUCUAGAUUUAAGAUUUUUUUGAAAUGUACAGAAAUCCGUUACUCGUGCGCUUUGGUUUUAUUCAAAAAUUUACUCUCACUCGCACUCUUUUCUAUAUAAAAAUAAAGAGUUUUUUACGAAAUAAAGAGUUUGUUAAAUGUUAACCUUUUAAACUUUAUAAAAAAAAUUAACUUGAUUUCUUGUUUCCAAUCUCUAAAUGAGAAAUCGCAACAAUUGGAAUUUACGGAUUCGCAUUGGGUGGGUACUCAACGUACACACACACACACACUCAAACAAAUACACCACCCUCUUCUUCUAAACACUCUCUUCAACAACUCUCACUCAUUAACAUCCUCCUUAGCAAAAAAAUAUUAUCAACAACUGACUGGGGGUAAACUAUCACUGGUGGUGGUAGAGCUGCUGCUACUCAAUAAUAAAGAUUGUGACCGUUAACACAAUCUGGAAAAUAUACAACAACAACCAGAAAAAAAACAGCAAAUCGAGUCUGGUAGUCAAGUGUUUCAAGACUCAGUCGAAAAUCAGAUUCAUUUUGUUUGUGGCAGAGUGUUGCAGAUGGUGGCCACUAGAGCAGUGAUUAAUUUUACAGUUAGUCCGCAACAAGAUGCCAAACCAACAAUAACCAAAUAACAAAAAAGCUCUUAAAAUAUUCCCAAAAAAAAAAAAAAAAGAUUUUAACUAAAAUAUAAAACAAAUAGCGACGCGUGUGUUAAAAAAGUGCUAAAAUUUUCUACAUAAAAAAAUUCUUAAAAAACCUAAAAAUAUUUUUUAAAAAUAAAAUGUUUUAAAAAGAAUUUAUAAAAAAAAGUUAAAUUAAAUCUCUUUAUCAAAAGUGUUAUUUAUAAAAAAUAAAUAUAAAAUAAAACAAAAAAAUUGCCCCCAACAUGGAUAUUAAACCUUGUAUAACAACCACCUCUACUACGUCUACUACACCAGCAGCAGCAGCAGCACAAACUCUUAAUUCCUCUACAUCUGCUAACAGCGCUUCUAAUAGUAUAACCACUUGUAAUACUACCACAACACAUUUACCUCUUGACUAUAGUUUGGGUAAUUUUAAACCCGCCGUUGCUUCCGAUUUUCCGGGACCCUAUGUUAGUUCCGCUCAACCUGCCAUACAAUUACGCGAUAUUAGUGUUUUAACUACAAUGGCCGCUACUAUACCCUCACCCACACAAUUGUUGCAGCAUCGUGGUCAACAACAUCAAGCCCAAACAACGGCCACGGAUAGUCAUCAUCAGCAGCAGCAACAACAACAGCAGCAGCAGGAUUAUCAACCUGUAUCGGCAUUUAAAGCCGUUUUACCGAAAAAGAAAACUACCGACGAUGAAUUGGCUUUCAGUAUCAAUCGUCUUGUCAAGACUGAACAUUUGCAGGCUCAUACAGCAGCCGUUGCCGCGGCAGCAGCGGCGGCCGCUGCAGUGGCAGCCUCCAAUAAUCAUACCCCUACAGCGGCCACAAAACUGCUAAUGGAAGAAAACAACAACAAUAGUAUAUCAAUGUUAAGUAAAAAUCAUAUUUUACAAUGGAAACUGGAAAAUAAUGCGGCCCUACAACAACCACUCAACGCCUUAGAAGCUGAACGUCUCUACGAAAGAGCCUCACGUUCCCGAUCACGCAGUUUAUCACGUUCUUCCUCCUCACAAAUUGAUCUAGAUGAUGAUAGCAAUUGUAGACGUUCACUGCAAUCACGUUCUAGAUCACGUUCCAGUUCGGUGGAGUUGGAGGUGGACUCACCACCCGCUUCACCCAUACCACGUAGACACAUGUCAAGACCCUCUAGUGUAACGAAUAGUAGUAGUAACAAUCCAAAUAGUGAUUUGUUAUUGCAUAGUAGAACAAGUCCUAAAAAGUCUGAAAUGUUUUCGGUAUCAGCAUUGCUGAGAAAAGAUGAUCCCCAGAAGUCAACCGGUUUAAUACGUCAUCCCAAUACCGAUCCUUUUGAAGCCUUAAGACAGGCCUAUCCCACCAACUAUGAGCCCGCCAUGUUUCAAAGACCAUUUCUAUCGCCUGCCUUUCCCUUCUUUGCUGCCUUUGCCUUUCAUCAGGGUCAACAGCAGCAAUCUGGUUUGGGUUCUAGUUAUCAUCCUGCCUCCCAAGAAGAUCUCUUUAGAUUGCGUAAUUUAAUGGUGCCUCUACAAUCAACACAAAAUGGUGCUGCACCCAAUGCUGUUUCAGCGGCAGCCGCUGCAGCAGCUGCGGCUGGUGGUCAUGCUACUAAUGGUUUACCGCCAAAUUCCCAUUUGGGCCUGCCACAUCCCUCCCAUUUACAUUUUCACCAUAUGGCCGCUAAAUGGUCGGGUUUGCCACAAUUCAGUGACCUGUAUUCAUGCAUGAAAUGUGAAAAAAUGUUCUCCACCCCGCAUGGCCUUGAGGUUCAUUCGAGAAGGACACAUCAUGGCAAAAAACCCUAUGCCUGUGAAUUGUGCAAUAAGACCUUUGGUCAUGAAGUUAGUUUAAGUCAACAUAGGGCUGUUCAUAAUGUUGAAAAGGUUUUCGAAUGCAAACAAUGUGGCAAACGUUUUAAACGUUCUAGUACCUUGUCAACGCAUCUUCUAAUACACAGUGAUACCCGACCAUUCCCCUGCAGCUAUUGUGGUAAACGUUUCCACCAAAAGAGUGAUAUGAAAAAACAUACUUAUAUACAUACAGGUGAAAAACCACACAAGUGCCAAGUUUGCGGUAAAGCUUUCAGUCAAAGUUCCAACCUCAUCACCCACUCACGCAAACACACCGGCUAUAAACCUUUCUCCUGUAAAUUGUGUCACAAAUCAUUUCAACGUAAAGUCGAUUUGAGAAGACACAAAGAGACGCAACAUACUAAUCUGGGUCCCUUAAUCGAACGCAAUAUGGGUAAAGUGGAAUUUUUGGCGGCAGCAGCUGCUUCAGCGGCCGCUGUGGCGGCGGAUGGUGCUAGUCAUAUGCAAAAUGGCAUGGGUUCGGCCACCUCAGGGCCUCCAAAUGGUAAUGCUGCUCUAAAUGCUCAGCUGACUGCUAUGAAUUGUCAAAAAGUAUCGCUGUUGGUAUAACAUCAGCAACAUCAGCAGCAGGAACAAGAUGUAAUACAUCAUCAGCAACAACAACAACAUCAUCAUCAGCAGUCUCAUUUGCCUUUAACAUCCUCUUCGCAACAUCAUACGCAAAUGCUGUUGCAUUCUCAACUGCAACAGCAUGCUCAUUCGCAGCAGCAUCAUCAUCAUCAGCAGCAACAGCUUCAACAGCAGCAGCAACAUCAUCAGCUGCAACAUUCUACUCAAGUACUCAACAGCAGGCCCGAACAACGAACAUGUGCAAUAUUAAAUACUACGGUUAUAGAAAAAACUCAAAAUUUUAAUUUAUUUAUUUCUUAAAAAAAGAAAAUUU